AUGUUACAACUUCGCAACACUCCGGACCCAGAUUGCAACCUCUCACCCGCGCAAAUCAUAUUUGGCCGCCCCCUAAGGGACUCGUUCUCGUUCGUCAACCGCCUUGAGAAGUUCUCGAACCCACACAUCAGACCCCUUUGGCGUCAAGCAUGGGCAGCUAAGGAGGAAGCUCUUCGCACACGCAUCACCCGUACAACCGAGUCGCUGAAGGCCCGCUCCCGCCCCCUCCGCCCCCUGACCCUUGGUGAGAGAGUCUUCCUGCAGAAUCAACAAGGCCCAAACCCCACCAAAUGGGACCGCUCAGGGGUAGUAGUGGAAUCAGCUGGCCACGACCAAUACCGUGUCAAGGUGGACGGCUCUGGGCGAAUCACACUACGCAACUGCCGCUUCCUGCGAGCCUACACGCCAGCCACGCCCUCUAUACGUUCACAGCAGCCAACAGCUUCACAACUACCUACCAGCAGUGCUGACCAGUGCCCAAACCCCCCGCCCUCUGUGCCAACACUACAGACUCCCCAGUCCACGCAGCCCACGGCGGCAACGCCCAACAACCCAAACGUGGUCCAAGCCCCAGCACCACUGUCGCCCCUCACCCCAGCGAGACCGACACAGGUCGACAGUCCAAACCUCGACGUACAGUCCCGGGACCUCCAGCUACCAACAAGUCCCGAUGAAGACUCCUCAAUGCCCCCUACGCCACCCCCACUGCCGCCCGAACCGGUUCCACGCCAUCGUCGCAUCUCACGGCCACCCAAACGGUACGAACCUGAAACAGGAAAAUGGCUCACUUGA